UAGGCAAUCAUAGGAAACGAAUAUCAUUAAAUUUCCUAAAUCACACUGACAGAGCCGUAAGCAGAAACUACAACAACAAAGCCCAGCAGCAGCAUCCCUGCCAAAAACUACUACAACAAACAGUUAAAGAUUUUCGAGGAACUGAUCGGUGCUACGCAACUUUGGCAUCCAAAAUGAAGAAGGAGAAGAAACCUGCUGCUGGCGGCGGUGACAUUCGCAAAGAGCUUAAUCCCUGGCCAAAAUAUAUUGAGGAACGCAAUGUCUUUUGGGAGAAGUGCAAGGCCGAAUAUCAGGCCGAAUUAGCUGCCAAAACGCGAGAGGCGAUUAAAGUAACGUUGCCUGACGGCAAGCAAGUUGAUGCAACUUCAUGGGAAAGCACACCCUACGAUAUUGCCUGUGUCAUAAGCAAAGGAUUGGCUGACAACACAGUGAUAUCAAAAGUAAAUGGUGAAGUCUGGGACUUGGAUCGUGUGCUAGAGGGUAAUUGCAAAUUGCAACUACUUAAAUUCGAUGAUCCUGAGGCUCAGGCCGUUUUCUGGCAUAGCUCGGCUCACAUUAUGGGCGAAGCAAUGGAGCGUUUAUAUGGUGGACAUCUUUGCUAUGGGCCACCAAUUGACGGUGGCUUCUAUUAUGAUAUGCAUUUGGAUGGAGAGGGCAUCUCUACGAACGAUUAUGGUGCCAUGGAGUCGUUGGUUAAGCAAAUUGUCAAAGAGAAACAGAUCUUUGAGCGUUUAGAAAUGAAGAAGUCUGAUCUGUUGGAAAUGUUUAAAUACAAUGAAUUCAAAGUGCGCAUUCUCAAUGAGAAAGUGACCAGUGACCGGACCACUGUAUAUAAGUGUGGGUCAUUAAUUGAUCUCUGCCGUGGUCCUCAUGUGCGUAACACUGGAAAAGUGAAGGCUUUGAAGAUUACUAAAAACUCCUCGACCUAUUGGGAGGGCAAGGCCGAUGCGGAAAGUUUGCAGCGCGUCUAUGGCAUUUCGUUUCCAGAUCCCAAACAGUUAAAGGAAUGGGAGAAACUACAGGAGGAGGCAGCGAAACGAGAUCAUCGUAAAAUUGGACGCGAACAGGAGCUGUUCUUUUUCCAUGAAUUGUCACCAGGAUCAUGUUUUUUCCAGCCGCGUGGAGCACACAUCUACAACACUCUGAUGAAUUUUAUGAAAGCGGAGUAUAGAAAGCGGGGCUUCCAGGAGGUAAUCUCGCCUAACAUCUACAAUGCUAAAUUGUGGAUGACCUCCGGUCAUUGGCAGCAUUAUGCUGAGAAUAUGUUUUCUUUUGAAGUGGAGAAGGAAAAGUUUGCUUUGAAGCCAAUGAAUUGUCCCGGCCAUUGCUUGAUUUUUGAUAAUCGAAAUAGAUCCUGGAGAGAAUUACCUUUGCGAAUGGCUGACUUUGGUGUUUUGCAUCGCAAUGAAUUGUCUGGAGCUCUUACUGGCUUAACUCGUGUGCGCCGUUUUCAGCAGGACGAUGCCCAUAUUUUCUGCACACCUGAUCAGAUUAAGAGCGAGAUGAAGGGUUGCUUGGACUUUUUGCAUCACGUUUAUAACAUUUUUGGGUUCUCUUUCCAACUAGUAUUGUCCACUCGACCCGAGAAAUAUUUGGGCGAGCUGGAACAAUGGAAUGAUGCGGAAAAGGCAUUGGCCGAGUCCCUUGAUGAGUUUGGCAUACCGUGGAAAGAAAAUCCCGGUGAUGGCGCCUUCUAUGGUCCUAAAAUUGAUAUUACCAUUAUGGAUGCUUUAAAACGGGCUCACCAAUGUGCCACUAUUCAGUUAGAUUUUCAACUGCCAAUACGCUUCAAUCUUAACUAUAUUGCAGAUGAUGGAGAAAAGAAGCGUCCAGUGAUUAUUCAUCGGGCUAUUUUGGGCUCUGUAGAGCGCAUGAUUGCCAUUCUUACCGAAAACUAUGCCGGCAAAUGGCCCUUCUGGCUUUCACCGCGUCAAGUGAUGGUUGUUCCAGUGGGUCCUGCCUAUGAUGAGUAUGCUCAAUCAGUACGUGAACAACUCCAUGCCGCCGGUUUUAUGAGUGAAGCCGAUUGCGAUGCUGGCGAUACGAUGAACAAGAAGAUACGUAAUGCUCAGUUGGCGCAGUUUAACUUUAUUCUAGUGGUGGGCGACAAGGAGCGAUCCUCCAAUACAGUUAAUGUUCGUACGCGCGACAACAAAGUUCAUGGCGAGGUCUCUGUUGCUGAACUCAUUUCCAAAUUGCAAAAAAUUCGCAAUGAGUUUAUUACAAAUGAGGAUAAUUUCUAAUUGUAUGGAUUCAUACUUUUGUCUCUAUUCUAUUUAUAUCUACUAUAUAUUAAAACUUAAUCUUUGCAAAGCAAACAGCAACUAGGGACGGCAUUUGAAUUUUCUUCUUGAUGUAUUUGUGCUUAUGUGAAGUACCGAAUAUCCUGAAAAAAAUAAAUUAAAGAAAACAAUUUUAA